UGUUGAACCACAAUGGAGAAGCCAUCGUCAUCGAACACGAAGGGAAAAGCUUCAAACGAUGGGAACAUGAGCAUAAGUGUGCUGAACGAGGACCUUCUUCAGAAAAUUCUGGCUAAACUUCCUGCUCUAUCGUUCGCUUCAGCAGCUUGCGUUAACAAAUCAUGGAAUUCUCUCUGCAAUCGCAUCCUUUCUCGUCCCAAACUCUCUUCUGCGCUUUCUCUCAAUCCUUCACUCCCAGAUGCUGUGAACGAGGUUCUUCAUAAGGUUCUGUCCGAGCCCAUUCGACCUUGUUUUGCUAUUGUCAAUGUUGGAGAUGGAUUCGGAUCGUCCAAGACUAUGUUGCUUAUUAGACAGAAAUUGGGGUUCAAUAUUCCAGUUAUUGUUGCUGUGGCAAAUGGUAUCAUGGGAAGGGAUGCUCUUACUGAUGAAUUUAAAGAGGUCAAAUGGGGUGCCCUUUUUGGUGGCUUUGAUGAUGAAGAAUAUGCAAGAAAUAUUAAUGAAGGCAUAGUUUUGACCAUUGGCUACUUGCCAGGAUUAAAAGUUGAAGCUAUACCAUUACUACGGCCGCAAAAGACACCUCAAGCACCAUGUAUUGACAAUUUUGUAAUGGAUAUCAAGGGAUAUUCAGCCUCUGUCUCCGGUCGUCCAUUCCCUGUUGGGAUUAUAUUGUUUGGAGAAGCAAACAGUGACAUGAAACUGGUUCUGGAGAAGUUGGAUUAUGCCAUGCCUAUGGACACAGUCGUUGUAGGUGAUGAGAGAGGCUCCUUUGUAUACACAAGUGGAAAUGAUUCUACAAACAUUUGUGGUAGAAAACGGUCCACAGAAGCUGUUGCCCUUGUAUUUGCUCAGGACAGAAACAGGUCUUCUGGAAAUAUUCAAUUUCAUGUUGCAUUGUCAAAUGGUGUAUCAGCUGUGGGUGUUAGAUAUAAGACUGCUUCAGUUAUAUCAAAAAACACUGAUAGUUCGACAUGGUUAACUGCCAGGAGAGAAGGGCAACAUGAAGUUCUUGACGGUCAGAGUAUUCUACUUGAUAUUAACGAUUUGCUGGAAAAUCAUAUUGAAUCUCCUGAUUUGUACAUUGGGGUAAUUAAACAUAGGAAAUACUCCAUUGGAGCGGAGAAGCCGAUGCCAAGAACUUGUAUUGCAUAUCAUGGAGUUGUGGGAGGUGAUGAAGAGUAUCUAUAUGUUGAUGGAAUUGGCAUCAAAACAGCAGAUAUCUUUCAGUUCUACCAUUCAGAUCCUAAUACUGCGUUAGCUUCAAUAACUGAGGUCAAUGAUGCCCUCAAGAAUAUUAAGCUUGGAAGAAAUUCCAAGAGUUUCAAGGGUGAUGGAGACAAAGAUAUCAAUGUUUUUGGGGGUCUUAUUUUUGCAUGUUAUGGCCGUGGUGAAUCAUUCUUUGGGCGUCACAACGUUGAUAGCUCCCCUUUCUUGGAGAAUUUUCCAGGAGUGCCAUUGGCUGGAAUAUUUUGUGGUGGAGAAAUGGUGCGUCCUUGUACCACUUUGAUUGGUCAAUGUCAUGAAGCAAGCCCCGUCAGUUGCUGCCUGCAUGUUUAUAGCAGUGUCUAUUUAGUGAUGUCAUAUAUUCCUCCCUCUCUGGAAUAUUAGAUGCUGCUGAUAUUUCAUUUUCAAUAUAUAUACAUUGUUAAUUUGAGGAGGAUGCUGUUUUGCCCUCUGCAAUCGACACAUAUCUGACUAUCUUAUGGUGUGUCAGAUAAUGAUAUUGUAUUAAAUGGCUAUGGAGUUUAUGCCAUGCUAUUUGCUGUUAUUUCUUCGCUUUAACAAUCUCAUUAUGAAACUGACUUCACAUGUUGGGAACCUUCUUUUUCGGGUGUAUCAAAACUAUUGGAUCAA